CCACGGUGUUUUCUACGACGAAAUUGUUGAUAUUAGUGGAAAAAAUGCAAAGAAAUCUCCUGAGAAGUCUCAAAUUAGUCCCCCUGGGGGCUCGUCACACUCCCAGACAAUUCACCACAAUCAGUUCCUCACAAAUACCCAGGAAGCUUCUCGCAGGACGAAAUAAAUUCCACAUAAUGCCCAUUCGAGGUAUGUUCAUUCAAACGCAGGAAACUCCAAAUCCCGACAGCUUGAAAUUUCUUCCUGGACGGGAUGUUCUCGGUACGGGCAACACUAUGGAUUUCCCAUCAAUCGGCAGUGCUACCGGAAGUCCACUGGCAAAACUCCUAUUUCGCGUUGAAGGCGUCAAAGCAGUCUUCUUCGGGGGAGACUUUAUUACAAUCUCCAAGACGGAAGAAGCUGAAUGGGGCAUCCUGAAAGCCGAAUUGUUUGCAGUAAUAAUGGAUUUCUUUGCCAGUGGCCUUCCAAUUCUCACAGGAGCUACCCCCAAUAGUGAUAAAACACAAAUUAAUGACGAUGACGAUGAGACUGUGAUGAUGAUCAAGGAGUUGCUGGACACACGAAUCCGUCCAACAGUGCAGGAAGAUGGUGGAGAUCUUAUUUUUAUGGGCUACAAAGAUGGGGUGGUUCAGCUAAAAAUGCAAGGAUCAUGCUCUUCCUGUCCAAGUUCAAUCGUCACCCUGAAGAAUGGUGUGCAGAACAUGUUACAAUUCUACAUCCCGGAAGUUGUGGCUGUUGAGCAGGUGUCAGAGCCAUCGGAUGAAGUUUCAGACAAAGUUUUUGAAUCGCUGGAGAAGAAUCUGAAAGUCAAGGAGAAAGAUUGAGCAAUUAUAUUGACCAAAAAAUAGACGAAAUAGAAUUGUUGAUUAUU